AUGGGUAUUAAAGUAGUACCUUUAGGUGCAGGUCAAGAUGUAGGAAGAAGUUGUGUCAUCGUCAGUAUUGGCAACAAGAAUAUCAUGUUUGACUGUGGAAUGCAUAUGGGUUAUCAUGAUGAACGUCGAUUCCCUGAUUUCUCUUUCAUUUCUAAAACAAAACAAUUCACAAAAGUAUUGGAUUGUGUAAUCAUAACUCAUUUUCAUUUAGAUCACUGUGGUGCAUUACCUUAUUUUACAGAGAUAUGUGGAUAUGAUGGACCAAUUUAUAUGACUGUAUGUUACAAGUGUUUAAUAUCAAUAUCAAUAUAUAAAUAUAACUAUAAUUCACUUACAUUUAUGUUACAACUAAUACAGUUACCAACAAAAGCAAUUGUACCGAUUUUAUUAGAAGAUUAUAGAAAGAUUGUUGUGGAUCGUAAGGGUGAAACGAAUUUCUUUACACCUCAGAUGAUUAAAGAUUGUAUGAAGAAAGUGAUUCCGGUUGCUUUGCAUCAGACGAUCGAUGUAGAUGAUGAGUUGUCGAUAAAACCUUAUUAUGCAGGUCAUGUGCUAGGAGCUGCGAUGUUCUAUUGUAAGGUUGGCGAGGAAUCCGUUGUUUACACUGGCGAUUACAAUAUGACACCGGACCGACAUCUUGGAAGUGCGUGGAUCGACGCUGUCAACCCGACACUGCUCAUCACCGAGACUACCUACGCGACGACCAUCCGUGACUCUAAGCGUGGUCGUGAACGUGAUUUCCUGAAGCGUGUGCACGAGUGCGUAGAGAAAGGUGGCAAAGUACUGAUUCCGGUGUUUGCACUGGGUCGCGUGCAAGAGUUGUGCAUUCUCAUCGAUACCUACUGGGAGCAGAUGGGUCUGAGUGUACCGAUCUACUUCUCAGAGGGCUUGGCGGAGAAGGCAAACUUCUACUACAAACUGUUCAUUGGAUGGACCAACCAGAAGAUCAAACAAACGUUUGUCAAGCGUAACAUGUUUGAUUUCAAGCAUAUAAAGCCGUUCGAUAGGAUGCUGGUCGAUGCACCCGGUCCGAUGGUGUUGUUUGCAACGCCCGGAAUGUUGCAUGCUGGUGCGUCGCUGGAGGUAUUCAAAAAGUGGGCGCCAUCCGAGUUGAAUAUGACUAUCAUUCCUGGCUAUUGCGUGGUGGGAACCGUUGGAAACAAGCUACUCUCCAAUGCAAGCGGUCCACAGAUGGUCGAGAUCGACAAGAAAACAACACUCGAAGUCAAGUGUAAGAUUCACAAUCUCUCGUUCUCUGCGCAUGCCGACGCCAAAGGUAUCAUGCAACUCAUAAAGAUGUCACAACCAAAGAAUGUAUUAUUAGUGCAUGGUGAAAAAGAGAAAAUGAGAUUCUUAAGUGAUAAGAUAUCAAAAGAUUUUAAUAUACCAUGUUAUUUCCCUGCGAAUGGUGUCACUGUAAAUAUUGAAUCUUCAAAGAGUAUACCGAUUGAUAUUUCAUUGAAGUUACUGAAACGACAGAUCUCCGAGUACUCCAGAGAGAGUGCAACAGCAUUCGAGUACAAUUCUAAUCUUAAAGAUGAAGAUACCGAUAGUUUGGAACAAGAAACAAAGAAAUCAAGAUCACCCAUUGUAUCGGUACCAAUUCAAGGUAUAAUGGUAUCAAAAGGUUAUCAAAAUAUUAAAUUAUUAGAUCCAAGUGAAGCAUCAAAAGAACUAUCGAUAAAUAAUGUACAGUUGAAUUUUAUUUUGUAUUGGAAGUUGGUACAAGAGGUUAAAGAUUGUAUCGAUGUGCUGUAUUUGGAGUUGUGUAGAUGGUUGGUUGGUGCCACCAUUGAGAGAAUCGAUCAGAACAAGAUUCUCGUAAAGUCGAGUAUAUCGAUCGAGUAUGAGAAACCACAACAACAAUUCACAAUCAAAUGGACCAACAAAGAAGAAUAUUUAUCUGAACACAUUCUUUCAAUCAUUCAAAAUCUAUUCCCAAAAUAA